AUGGAUUUGGUUGUUCUUGGACUGGCGAGAGGUUUCCAAGUGUGGACGUUCAAUGAAAACGGCGACUGCGAAGAGGUGAUGUCAGAACGUCAAGGUCCGAUUCGAGCUUUUGUGCCGUUGUCAGGCAAUUUCGAGCUGCACAGUGAGGAGAUUGACAUGUUUGCUGAUCAAAGACCUUUCGUGGCGAUGGUGGAUACAUAUACGACCGUACCAGAUCGGCAGUACUGCUCCGUGUCGGUAGUCUCACUUAGCUCUGGGAAAGGAGUUCGACGAUUCGCGUUCGAGGAACCAGUGUGUGGAUUGAAUGCUGCGGCGAGAUACCUUGUCGUCUCUCUGUCCACACGUUUGGUUAUUCACGAUGUCGUCACACUGACGGAAUUACGUUCGAUCAAGGUGGUCCAGCCACCUGAAUGUUGCGCUCCUGCCAUCGCGCUUAAUCAGCAAUUCAUUGCCUAUGCGGAUUUCAAGCUGAAUCCGGAUGUGCAGAGUUGUGGAGGAAUGUGCACAGAUAUAGAUGACAUGCCGGCGACGUAUGCAAAUCAGGUCUUUAUUGUGGCAAAGCUGAAUCCGGAUGUGCAGAGUUGUGGAGGAAUGUGCACAGAUAUAGAUGACAUGCCGGCGACGUAUGCAAAUCAGGUCUUUAUUGUGGCAAAGGCCCUUUCGCGCACGGUAACAUCAUCGGUAACCGGUGCAAGUGGAACGAAAGCUGGCGAAGUUCCUAUGGGAAUCGUGACCGUCGUCGAUCUGGAACGAGAACUUGAGGAUGGCUCUGAAGGAUGUGCUAUAAUGGCACAUUUUGCUGCCCAUAAUGAACCAUUGGCCACCAUGGCAUGGUCACCAGACGGACGUUUGCUGUUGACGACGGAUACGUCAGCGUGUGUCUUCAAUAUCUUCUCAGUACUCACUCAUCCGUUCACUCCACUACUGUCAGCCGUGCAACACCUGUAUCGAUUACGGCGUGGAACGACUGUUGCCAAGGUGGUGUCAUGUGCAUUUUCGUUGGAUUGUCGUUGGUUGUCGAUUUGCACAAACCAUGGGACUUGUCACGUUUUCGCGAUUAGUCCAUAUGGUGGCAAACCAUCACGGCGGACUCAUGGCGAGCACUUUACGAACAAGGAAUCGCGGUUCCUCCGUUCAGCAGGCUUGGCUAGUGGCGUUGAGACUCAGGCAGUGCUGCCACCUCGUACAAGGAGCCAGAGUGGUGCUACUCCGUUGUCUCGGGAACAUCCAUGUAUGUGGAAUCGCACUAUGGCUCGGUCAACAGCGAAUCCUCGCAUAGGGCCUUAUCCACCACCGGUUAUGCUGGAACAUCCAUGUAUGUGGAAUCGCACUAUGGCUCGGUCAACAGCGAAUCCUCGCAUAGGGCCUUAUCCACCACCGGUUAUGCUGUAUUCGGUGAAGAAGAUCAGACCCCAAAUGAGCGCCUCAAGCCUCCUUGCCCUUGGAAAAGAUCUGGCACCAUUGGCAUUGGCAGCGGUUGGCUCUAGUGGCGCCUCGAAACGACGCGCAAGUGUCGAUUUGGCGCGCAUUUCUUUGGCGUUCGCCAGUCGUACAAUGGCGUCGGAUCGUUCCCCUUCGCUUCUGAUCGCGACCGCAGAUGGAGGCAUAGUUUGUGAGUAUGAGCUGCAUCCUCGAGUGCAAGGUUCGAUGAGCGCCGAAGAUCCGCCGCAGAUUGACGUCUCACCAACGGCAAUGUGGACCCUACAGAGGACGAAGAACAAUCCAGACAUGCCACCACCACUGCAGCAAGGUAGUCCACUACUGACAUGGCUCCUGCCUGACAAGACUCGUUCUCGGGUGUCUCGAGAGACUGACACCUGGAUACCGCAAGUUGAGGUAAGUGAAUGUUUCUGUCUCGUUUGUUUUGAUCAUUUUUAUCACUUUUUAUAUGAGUCUGUUUUCUGGUAA